AUGGCCGAGGGAUUUGAACCGUACCACGUCCCGCAGCAGAGCCGCCGGGACAAGCUCCGAGUAACCACCCACCACCACCACCACCCGCCGCCUCCACCGCCGCAUCCCGUCCCCGACGGCUUCAACCCCUGCUCCGGCCUGCUACCUCUCUACGAACCCCUCCUCCUCCUCCCCGAUUUCACCGCCGAUGCUCACCGCAGCGCCGCCGCCAAGGCGGAGGGCGCGAGCCUGAUGGCCUUCCUGGGAGGUGCCUCCGCCGCCCACGCGUUCGUGAAUCCGAACCUCUCCCCGCAGCUAAACCCUAGCUCCGUCCAGGACGUCAAUGGCGGCGGCCCGUACGCUUUCCCCUCUCCGACCCAAUGCUAUCAAUCGUUUAAUCCCGUUCAGGAUCCCAACGCCACCGGCCAGAGUUUGUCCCUUUCUCUGUCUUCGACCCACGGCGGCGACCUGAAUCUCCCACCGGAGCUGAAUCUGCAGAAGUACGAUUUCGGUCCUUGCAGACCCGGAUUCGGCCCGAUUGAGUUCUCGAAGAGUACGGUUCCUUUAGGGCCCUUCACGGGCUACGCCUUUGUUUUGAAGGGAUCGAGAUUUUUGAGGCCCGCCCAGCAGCUGCUGGAGGAGCUUUGCGAUAUGGGUCGGGUCGUGUGUAUGGAUAAAAUCGGCCCCGACCCGGGAUUGCUGGAUCCUCCACCUCUGGAUAACUUAACAGGGGUUGGGAUUAUGGAUGAUAGCGGCGAUGGGGGCGAGCAGAAGAAGAAAUCGAGGUUACUUUCUAUGCUCCACGAGGUAAUUUUUUUUAGCUAA